CGAUCUGGGAGCAGUGCACAUCUUCAUUGCUUUGGACCCAAUGGGAGACAUGGCAAAGGGCCCAUGUGGGUGAAUUGUGACGCUUUGGGCAUUGCCCUGUCUUUAGUGACCUGGCUUCUGCUGGUCAUCACGGAUUUCAUUGUGGUUCGCUUCGUUCUGUUCGCUUGGUUUACCUCCAGCCGGCCGAGAUUUCGAUGGGUUCCAUUUACUGAUCUAGGCCUUUUUCUCAUGGCCUUGUAUCAGUUGCUCUUGAUGUUAUCACUGGUCUCGCACGUGCGGGCUGUGACCACUGACCCGGGCACGAUUUCAUUGAGUUCGGCGCCUGACGGCUUUAGCAACGCGCGGCACUGCAAACUCUGCCAGGGCCGGUGGAAGCCGCCUCGAGCGCAUCAUUGCAAGACGUGCCGUCGCUGCAUCUUUCGCAUGGACCACCAUUGUCCAUGGAUCAACAAUUGUGUCGGCCUCUCCAACCAGAAACUCUUCAUCCUCUUUCUAGUUUACACCUGCAGUAGCGCAGUGUUCACGUUGCUUCUCUUGGCAGCGGGUGUCUUCUACUGGCUCUGGAGCCAAAGCUCGUGGUCUGAUGCGCCUCCUCCGGGAAGCGCUUCACUCAUUUGCUGUGGACUUGUCGCUGUCGAGUGCUUUGCAGCCGUGCUCUUUGUAAGUGACUUUCUCCAGGAACAGGUGGAGUCCAUCCAGAUGAAUAGCACAUUAGUGGAAACGUACCAGCGCACCCAUGGGCAGCGGGCGUCCUUCACCGAGCACUUCAUGGCAAUCUUCGGGCCAAGCUGGUGGACAUGGCCGUUUCCAUUUCCCUCUGCCCCUGAGCCUGACUACACGGAGCCAGCCAUUGCUGACGAAGAGGUUUGGAGCCAGGAGAGCACCGAUGACCACAACAGUUUGGGCAUCGCCGGGGAGGAAAGUGAGGAGAUGAUGGAGACGGUACAGGAGCCAGGAGCUCGGCCAAGGCAGAGGCACACCCGUGAUGGCAACCAGACUGAUUGAAUUCUUGUGCUAGCACCGCCUUCCAAAAAUGUGGGCCGACAGGGCGAAGUCUCCCCCAGAUCCAGACUGUCAGCUCCCAUCUCCAUCCAUCUCCACUGCCAGUGUGGUGCUGAAGGAUUCCGUAAGAAGAUCAUUGGAAGACCUCUGAUCUGAGAUCGCACAUGGAAA